UGUCCCCAUGCUUUUAUCAUCCAUUAUUGGUUCAUCCUUCUCAUCACUCUUCUUUCUUAAUUCGGCUCAGCUCGGCUCUGCUCUGCUCUGCUCGCUUCACUUGAAUUCUUCUGAAUAUUUUGGGGUUUCUGCAAUUUCUAAUGCUUGUUGACCUUUGAUUUUGGUUUGAUUUUGGUCAUCGCAUCAAGUCUUUUACUUCCAUCCUUACUGAAAGUCUGAAAUCGUUCUUCUUUCUAUUAGUAACGAAUCAUUUUCACUUUUUUCUUUCGGAUUUUUGUGGUUUCUAUUAGACUACAUAAAAAGUUACUGCUCUUUGAGGUUAUUUUUGGCGAUGGAACCUGUCAUACCAUCCCAAUUGCAACUUGUUGGUCCAGAGAUUCAUGGCUUCAAAACCAUGCAAGAUUUGGAUGUACCCACCAUGUUUGAGGAAGCUAAGACAAGAUGGCUCCGGCCAAAUGAGAUCCAUGCAAUACUUUGCAACCACAACUAUUUCAACAUUCAUGUGAAGCCGAUGAAUUUGCCAAGAAGUGGCACCAUCGUCCUAUUUGACCGAAAGAUGCUCAGAAAUUUCCGGAGGGAUGGCCACAAUUGGAAAAAGAAGAAAGACGGAAAAACUGUCAAAGAAGCUCAUGAACACUUGAAAGUUGGUAAUGACGAAAGGAUUCAUGUGUAUUAUGCACAUGGCGAAGAUCAGACAACCUUUGUUCGCAGAUGUUACUGGCUUCUUGAUAAGAAACUGGAACAUAUUGUUCUUGUUCAUUACCGUGACACUCAGGAGUUGCAAGGUUCCCCGAAUUUUGAAUCGAAUGCCAGUUCAGACCCACCUACUUCAUGGAAUCUGUCGGAAGAAAAUGAAGGGAUUGAUCAGGUUCAUUAUGCUGAGCCUAACGAGACCAUAAUAAAUCAUGAGAUGAGACUUCAUGAAAUCAACACGCUUGAUUGGGAUGAGCUUGUGGUCGUAGAUGGCCCCAAUAAGUUAAUCACCCCUGAAAGAGGAAACAUAUCAUACUUUGAUCAGGAUUACCAAUAUGGGAUGUUACAGGGCAACGAUACAAGUUUACAGAAUAACUCAACCUUUGUGCACAAACUAUUAACGGAUGAUCAAUCUGCCACAUUCCGUCCUGGAACAGUCGGUGAGGGAAAUACCUAUGACCUCAGCUUUUCCAACAUGAACAUUCAAAGGACAGGGAUCAGGGAGCAUUCAAAUUUACAGAUGGACCCCAAACUUGUAAAUGUUAGCACUGAUAGUUUAGACACUCUGGGCAAGGAUGGAAUGGAAAAUGAAGAUAGUUUUGGAAGAUGGAUGAAUUACACCAUGACUGACUCUCCUGUUGUGAUAGAUGGUCCAACUCUGACACCAGAACGUUUGGUUUCAACUGGUCAAGGAACAGUUAGACCUCCAAGUGGUUAUAAUCAACAGUCACAUUCCUUGCAGCAAAUAUUCAGUAUAACCGACAUCUCGCCUUCAUGGGCUUCAUCUAAUGAAGAAACAAAGAUUUUAGUGGUCGGAGUUUUCCAUGAAGAGCAUCGACACUUAGCAAACUCCAAUCUAUUUUGUGUCUGUGGAGAUGUUUGUCUUCCUGUCGAAGUCGUCCAAUCUGGUGUAUUUCGGUGUUUUGUAUCUCGUCACAGCCCAGGAAUAGUCAACCUUUUCAUCAGUUAUGAUGGCCACAAACCCAUAAGUCAAGUUAUGGCAUUUGAAUACCGUGCUCCUCCUAUCAAUAAGUCAAUAAUUUCUUCGGAAGAAAAGUCUGAGUGGGAAGAUUUCCAAAAUACGAUGAGACUGGCUCAUCUUCUUUUUUCUUCAUCCAGGAGCCUUAAUAUCUUAUCCAGUAAAGUACCAGCAAAGGCCCUGAAAGAAGCCAAAAUCUUUGCCCACAGAACCCGAUCCAUUGUUAAUAGUUGGGAUGUUCUGAUAAAUUCAAUUACAGGAACAAGAAUAUCUUUCCAACGCGCCAAAAGUAGCUUAUUGGAGCUCACUUUACAAACCAGACUACUUGAAUGGCUUUUGGAAAGAAUAUUAGAUGGAGGAAAGAUCCCUGAUCGUGAUGUUCGAGGUCAAGGAGUAAUUCAUUUGUGUGCCAUACUGGACUACACUUGGGCUAUGUUCCCAUACUCAUGGUCAGGCUUAUCAAUCGAUUUUCGUGACAAAUUGGGAUGGACGGCUCUUCAUUGGGCAGCGUAUUAUGGAAGGCAAAAGUCUGUUGCAUCCCUUCUAUCUGCAGGGGCGAAUCCAAAUUUGGUGACAGACCCCACUUCAGAAAAUCCUGGUGGAUGCACUCCUGCUGAUCUUGCAUCCAAGAGUGGUUAUGAGGGGUUGGCUGCUUUUCUUGCAGAGAAGGCAUUGUUGGCCCAUUUUGAGGCUAUGACAUUAGCUGGAAAUGUUAGUGGCUCGUUGCAGUGUACAAUCCCGACUGAUGAUGAUUUUACCACGAAUGGCCCAGUGACCGAAGUUAAUGAAGAGGAGCAAUAUCUGAAAGAUACCCUGUCUGCUUAUAGGAGGGCUGCUGAUGCUGCAGCACGUAUACAGGCUGCAUUCAGGGAGCAGUCAUUUAAACUGAAAACAAAAGCGUUGGAAUUUGUCAAUGCAGAAGAUGAAGCACGCUGCAUAAUAGCGGCUAUGAGGAUUCAGCAUGCCUUUCGCCACUAUGAAACAAAGAAACAAAUGGCAGCUGCUGUCCGCAUACAGCAUAGGUUUCGUACAUGGAAAAUAAGAAAAGACUUUCUGAAUAAGCGUCGUCAAGCGAUCAAAAUUCAAGCCUUUUUCCGUGGUCUCCAAGUUCGAAGGGAGUAUAAGAAGAUAUUAUGGUCAGUAGGAGUGCUAGAGAAAGCAAUUAUUCGUUGGCGUUUAAAGCGAAAAGGCUUUAGAGGUCUUGAAGUUGCUCCAAUUCCAAAUGAAGAUGAGAAGCAAGAAAUCAGUGGCGAGGAAGAGUUCUUCAAAUCCAGUAGGAAACAAGCUGAAGAGCGUGUUGAGAGAUCCGUUGUUCGGGUCCAAGCCAUGUUUCGGUCAAAAAGAGCUCAAGAAGAAUAUAGAAAGAUGAAGCUAGCACUUAACCAAGCAGGGGUGGAGUACGAAGAGCUUUCGAAUCCAGUUACGAAUAUGGAAAGAUAGAAGGCCUGUGACGCGAUUGUGUGUUAGACAUCUGCGUAUAUCUUGUAAAUGCCUAGAUUAAGGUUAGGUACUUUCAACUUAAACUAUUACUUCUAUCCAUUUCUUUUAAAAAUGGAAUCAGUAGUUUUGGUCAGAAAGAGGGUUCAUGUUAGUAUAAAUGGCAGCAUGCAAUGCAGUAUAACGUAGUAAUUCUACUGUAAGUGAAAUUUGGUCAAUGUAAACUAGUUGUCUCCAUAACCAUAUUCAUGGAUAUAAAGAUGGCAUGUUUUGUAUAUGUGCUUGACCUUGAUCAUAGCUCUAAAGCUAAGGGCUGUUUACUACCUUUUUACUUC